AUAUCCUUAAACGUGCAAUUAUACUCUUUAACACGUUCUUAUUCUUCUUCAUUUUCCAUAUAAGAAUAAAAACAACUCCAAGAAAAAAGAUCUAUUUUCUCUGUCCAACUAACUAUUGUUUAGCAACCAAGAAUAGAAUGGGUAGUAACAAAACUCUCCUCUUAGUCCUCCUCCCCAUUGUCUUCCUCGCCGCCACCUUCGCCGUCGUUGCUUCCGCCAACGAAACAACCAAACCCGUCACAACCACAACCAUCACCGUAUCGGAAAACGAGGAUGAGGAGGACUUGAGCUUCUUAGAAGAGCCCAAAGACUACCCUCAUUACGCUGACCCGAACUAUAACCCACAUGGCGCUGAAAUCGACCAUACAAGUUUAGAAGACAAGCGCCAAGAACCUUCCACACCCGUUGUCGACGAAAAAGACGUGGUGGUGUUAACUAAAACAAACUUCGAUGAGUUUAUUAAUAACAACAAGUAUGUUAUGGUUGAGUUCUACGCGCCGUGGUGCGGGUAUUGCAGGCAGUUGGUGCCUGAGUAUGCUGCAGCUGCUACAGAGCUAAAAGAGGGAGGGUCCGAUGUUGUGGUUGCUAAGGUUGAUGCCAUACAAGAGUCUGAGUUAGCUGAUAAGUUUAAUGUUGAUGGUUUCCCUACUCUUUUCUUCUUUGUUGAUGGUGUGCAUAGGUCGUAUGAGGGUGAUAGGACCAAGGAUGGGAUCGUUUCUUGGCUAAAGAAGAAAACAGGGCAUGCAGUUCAGAACGUGACAACUACUGAAGAGGCAGAGGCUAUCUUGCUUGCUGAAGCUAAACUCGUCGUCGCAUUUGUCGAUAGUCUAACGGGUCCUGAAAGUGAGGAGGUUGAUGCAGCAGCCAAACAAGAGGACGAUCUCAACUUCUAUCAAACAAGCAACCCUCAAGUUGCUCAAGUUUUCCAGAUCGACUCCAAUGCAAAACGCCCUGUUUUAGUUUUGUUGAAGAAGGAGUUUCAGAAGCUAUCCCUCUUUCAUGGUGAUUUCUCAAAAUCAGCUAUUGUAGAAUUUGUGUCAAGCAAUAAACACCCUCUGGUUAUCAAUUUUACCAUGGAAAGUGCUUCAUUAGUUUUUGAAAGCGCUAUCCAGAAGCAGGUUUUCCUUUUUGCAGCGGCAGAACAAUCAGAAAACCUCAUCCCUACCCUCGAGGAAGCAGCCAAAACUUUCAAGGGAAAGAUCAUAUUCUCACAUGUACAAAUGGACAAUGAAGAAUAUGGAAAGCCAAUGAUGGAUUUCCUUGGGGUCGAAGGAGAUGCUCCAAGAGUGCUUGCAUACACUGGAAAUGAUGAUCGUAAGAAGUUUUUCAUGGAGGGUGAUAUUACAUCAGACAAUAUUCAGUCAUUUGCUGAGAGCUUUCUGGCUGACAAGCUUAAGCCGUUCUACAAAUCUAAUCCUAUUCCUGAAUUUAAUGAUGGUGAUGUGAAAAUUGUUGUGGGCUUAAACUUCGAAGAUAUUGUUUUGGAUGAAUCAAAGGAUGUACUUCUUGAGAUAUAUGCUCCAUGGUGUUCUCAUUGUAGAAAACUGGAGCCAACAUAUACCAAGCUUGCUCGACAUUUGAAAGGAAUUGAUUCUUUAGUAUUAGCAAAGAUGGAUGGCACCAAAAAUGAGCAUGCAAAAGCCAAGGCACAAGGGUUUCCAACCAUUCUUUUCUACCCAGCAGGGAAGAAGAGUUCUGAGCCGAUAAUUUUUGAGUCAAAUCCAAGUGGUGUAGAACUCUACAAGUUCAUGCAAAAGCAUGCCACUACUCCUUUCAAGAUUCAAAAACCAAUCCAACCUCUGUCAUCUGAAGGUGUUGAUCCUACAAUUGCUGAGACGGUACCGGAAAUUGAAGCCCCCGUCAGUAGCCAAGAUGCAAGGGAUGAAUUAUAAACUUACUAGAAAAAGAGCCUACAUUGUUCAGUUUUGGUUCAGUUUUUUCUGUUUUAGUUGAUCAACCUUCUAAGAUUAUUGUUAUACUUGUAGGAAUGAAAUUCCAAUUGAUUGUUUGUCACACACUUAGGCAAACUUUAAUUGACAAAAAAAAAAACUUGUUGGAUAAAUGGAUAAUAUGUUGUGCCAA